AUGAAAGUCGAACCUAGAUGUUUUACACCCAAAGCGACAAAGGCACGCUCUAGCUACCCCGACUUUUUGGCUCGUUGCAUGGCUCAGGCACAAAACCACCUAUGCAGUUUGCUUUCAGGCGGAUUGUAUUUUUGGUGCGUACUUUGAGCUGACGUGAUUAUCCCACAUCCAUUCUGGGACUACAAAAACCGCUAAAUUCGUGUAUGCGAACAUUCACUGUGCGUAGGCUCGGAAUUCGUGGUAAGAUAUCAAUAAUAUGGCCUCGUAUGUACGGCUCAAGAAUAAAG